CUUAAUAGGAGAGACAUGAGUGUCCGCACGGAGGACAGCAUCACUCUGUGCCAAAGGGCUCUCCAAAUCGUUACGGAACUUUGUCUCACGGGACACGUAGACCGGGAGAAAUGUGCGGAUAUUUUCCCUUUAGAGAACAAUAUACCAGGUAAAGGAUACGCAGACAUCUCUAUCAGUCUUCUUGCUGUCGUGGUGGGUUUCUGUGGUCUAGCCCUGUUGGUAGUCUCUCUCUUUGUCUUUUGGAAACUGUGUUGGCCCGUUUGGAGGAGCAAGCCUCUGUCAGCACAUGCUGAAAAUGGCCUCCAUGUGGGUUUCCCAGAGGCUUCUUCUCCCAACUCCCCUCCUGUCACUGGCUGUAAAGUGGUAGAGGUGGAGAAGAAGUACCCUCCAGAGAUAAAGGUGAACGGACGGAGCUCUGUGAAGCUCCUGGAGGCGGCCAUGAAGAUCAGUCAGACAUCACCAGACAUCCCUGCUGAGGUGCAAUCAGCCCUGCGGGAGAAAAUCAAGCAGCAGCCUUCAAAAAUCCAAAGGCAGACCACAGAGCCGACCUCCUCUUCCAGGCAUAAUUCGUUCCGGCGCCACCUUCCUCGUCAGAUGAACGUCACCAGUGUUGAUUUCAGCAUGGACACAGUGCCUCUCCGCCAGUCUUCUGUAGUGAGCAUUGGAAGAAUAAAACCUGAACUCUACAAGCAGAAGUCUGUGGACUCUGAGGGUGAGGCCAAAGAGCCCAUUGAGACUUGUGGAAAGCUCAGCUUCUCACUGCGCUAUGACUACGAGGAGCAGGCUUUAGUCGUGAGAAUAUUAAAGGCCUUAGACCUGCCUGCCAAAGACUUCAUGGGCACCUCUGACCCGUAUGUGAAGAUCUACCUGCUCCCCGAAAGGAAGAAGAAGUUCCAGACACGUGUGCAUCGCAAGAAUCUGAACCCCAUUUUCGAUGAGAUCUUCUGUUUCCCUGUAGCAUACGAUGAGCUGUGCAACCGCAAACUGCAUUUCAGCGUCUACGACUUCGACCGAUUCACGAGCCAUGACAUGAUCGGUGAGGUGGUGGUGGACAACCUGUUUGAACUCUCUGAUCUUUCCAGGGAGGCAGUAGUGUGGAAGGAUAUUCACGCAGCAACUAUGGAGAGUAUUGACUUGGGUGAGAUUAUGUACUCGUUGUGCUACCUCCCCACAGCGGGGAGAAUGACCCUGACAGUCAUCAAAUGCAGAAACCUCAAAGCCAUGGACAUCACAGGCUCUUCAGAUCCAUAUGUGAAGGUGUACCUAGUGUGUGAUGGGCGGAGGUUAAAAAAGCGAAAAACGACCACCAAGAAAAGCACACUUAAUCCUGUGUACAACGAGGCCAUUAUUUUUGACAUUCCUCCAGAAAACGUGGAACAAGUCAGUCUGUCCAUCAUGGUGAUGGAUUAUGAUCGGGUUGGACACAACGAAGUGAUCGGUGUGUGUCGGGCCAGUCCAGAUGCUGUGGGUCUUGGACGAGAUCACUGGAACGAAAUGUUGGCUUACCCACGGAAACCCAUCACCCACUGGCAUGCUCUGGGAGAGUGGCCUGGCAGAGCUGCAAGCUUUGAGAGUCAAGGUUCGUGUCCUUCGCCCAAACCUCCCCAGACACCAUGACGACCACAGAACAUGACGAUGAGUUCACUGGACUCCAACGGCC